AUGAACGAUACCAUGGACAUGGACGAAAAGAAGCCCGUUUUUGGGAAUAAUUCCGAGGAUAUACAAACCAAGUUGGACAAGAAGCUGGGCCCUGAGUAUAUUUCCAAAAGAAUUGGGUUCGGGACUAGCAGGAUCGCUUACAUUGAGGGUUGGAGGGUGAUUAAUUUGGCGAACCAGAUCUUUGGGUAUAAUGGCUGGUCCACGGAAGUGAAAAGCGUGAUUGUUGAUUUUUUGGACGAACGCCAGGGAAAGUUUAGUAUAGGUUGCACAGCGAUCGUUCGUGUCACAUUAACCAGUGGGACUUACAGGGAGGAUAUUGGGUACGGUACUGUGGAGAAUGAAAGGAGGAAGCCCGCAGCUUUCGAACGGGCUAAGAAAUCUGCUGUCACGGAUGCCUUGAAAAGGUCUUUGAGAGGGUUUGGGAAUGCUUUGGGGAACUGUCUUUAUGAUAAGGAUUUCCUGGCAAAGAUUGAUAAGGUCAAGUUCGACCCGCCAGAUUUUGAUGAAAAUAAUUUGUUUAGACCCACUGAUGAAAUCAGUGAAAGCUCAAGAUCGAAUACUUUGCACGAAAAUCAUGAACAACAACAAUACCCGAAUAAAAGAAGACAAUUGACUAAAGCCACAACCGCUAGUGUGGACUCAAAGAGUAAUCUGGUGAAGCUAGAAAACAACGCCGACAAGGGCGGGCCUAUGAUGGAUCCACCAACGGGCACCACCAAUAAUAAUAGCAAUCAUCCUAAACCCUCUGACGCAUCCAAACAAGAUCAAGAUGAUUUACUGGAUGACUCUCUUAUGUUCAGUGAUGAUUUCCAAGACGACGAUCUGAUAGAUAUGGGUAAUACGAACAAUAAUGUAUUACCAACCGACGCAGAUCCGCUGUUGGCUAAGCAAAGCUCCAAUCCAAACUCUAAUUCAGAGGCGGAUAAAAUUACAUUUGUCACUGCUAAGGCGGCAACCUCUGUUCAGAAUGAAAAUCAUAUCGGUGACGAGAACAUUUUUGACCCAAAAUAUCAGGCUCAGUCCAUCAGACACACCAUCGAUCAGACUACGUCCAAACACGUUCCAGCAAGUGCAAUAAAGGAUAAAGCGAUGAAUAGUUCGAGGGAUUCUGUUUAUGAAAAGUUUGCGCCAAAAGGAAAACAAAUAAACAUGAAGAACAAUGACAAAGAACUAGGCGCAAAUGUGCGAGAACCAAGUGGAAAUCAAGUACCGCAAGAAAUUGCCCAGAAUAAAUCAAAUACUGUCACCGCUGCGCCUGCUACCACCACUGCUCCACGGUUUGCGCCACCUUCAAAGGUAGUACAUCCCAACGGGAGUGGUGCAGUAGCUGCGCUUCCGCCGCAAAGAUCUACGAGAAGAGAAGUUGGCAGACCGAAGGUUAUUCCAUUACAUGCACGCAAGCCUAGUUGA